UUUCAGCCUCCAAUGGCAUUUGCUCCGGGUUCAGGAGGAGGUGGAGCGCCUCCCGGCCAACAACCUGCACAAAUGAUGAUGCCACAAAAUAUAUCAGCAGAAACCUAUCACAGGUUAAAUCAGGUACAACGUGAGCAGCUAAAUCAUCAACGAUUAUUACAAGCACAGCUCCAGACUAAUGGACCUGGAAGUGUUUCUCAGCAGCAGCAGGCUUCGCAGCAACAACAGCAAGUGCAGCACGUCCAGCAGCAACAACAGUCGCAGCAGCAACAGCAACAAGUUGCUUCACAACAAAACCAGCCGCAAUUGCAAAUGAAUGCUCAGAUACUGCAAGCUUUGUCAACACCACAAGGACAAAAUUUAGUUAACAUGCUUUUGAUGCAACAGGCACUUAAUGCGCAACAGACUGAUACUCAGAAUCCACAACAAAUUAUGCAACAUCAAUUAGCUCAACAGCAGGCACAACAAGCUCAGCAAGCUCAACAAGCGCAACAAGCUCGACAACAGGCAGAACAACAAGCUCAAGCCCAAGCUCGUCAUCAAGCUGAGCAGCAGGCUCAGCAACAGGCACAGCAACAGGCGCAGGCACGGCAACAAGAACAACAAGCUCAAUUAGCAGCUAUUCAACAGCAAGUCACGCCACAGCAAUUUGCUCAAAUAUUGCACAUGCAACAGCAGCUUCAACAACAGCAGUUUCAACAACAACAGCUCCAGCAGCAACAACUUCAGCAGCAGCAACUGCAACAGCAACAACUUCAACAACAACAGCUCCAGCAGCAACAGUUACAACAGGUUCUACAGAUCUCACAAGCCCAACAACAAGCUCAACAAGCUCAGCAUGUCCAGUCUAGACAAAUGCAGCCGUCCCAACAGAGCCAGGUACAGGCGCAACUCCAGCAGCAACAGCAAUUGCAGCAGCAACAAGCUCAGCAGCUUUCACAGCAGCAGGCGCAGCAGCAACAACAAUUACAACAGUUACAACUGCAGCAAUUUCUUCAACAACAGCAACAGCUUCAUCAGCAACGUGCGGCUGCCCAACAAGCUCAGGCUCAGAACAAUGCUUCACAACAACGCCCGUCGGUUGCAUCGACGCCUGCAUUGUCUUCAACUCCACAGUUGAAUGAUCUUACACAGACAAUGCAAGCCCAGCUUCAACAGCAACUGCUUCUCCAACAGCAACAGGCUCAGGCUCAACAAGCUCAACAAGCUCAGCAAGCACAACUAGCUCAACAGGCUCAACAGCAACAGCAAGGGCAGUCUCAAAAUAGAACAGUUUCUCAAGCACUGCAAUAUAUUCAGUCUAUGCAACUGCAGCAAAGAGCCGAUGGAACCCCAAACGCAGAGUCACAAGAAGAGAGGUUGGCUCAAAUGCUGAACGAACAACAGCAGCGGAUGCUGCAAAAUCAGGCGCGCGAGGCACAACAUCGUCAGUUGCUCAUUUCUUCGACGCCUGCUCCUCGAGGUGGUAUCACCAUGGGAACUCCAAUUGGUAUUGCAAGGAGAGAAGAGCAGCCGGUACCGUCUACGGUGGCGGUAACGACGGCACCGGCUGCAGUCCGCACGCCUGUUGCUGUGCCACCUAUGAAACAAAAUUCUAACCCUUCCAUGAAUCCAUCAUCCACAUCUACGUCUGCAUCUGCCACAAGCAGUCAUCAGAUUUUAGCCCCCUCGCUCUCCAAACCACUUGAGCAGCCUUCCUCGUCGAAGGCCGCAUCGUCUGGCAACGAGUCGAUGUCGGACCACAUCAGCCGAAUCAUCUCUGAGAACGAAGUCAUUCUUCAAGGAGACCCGGUGAUUCGCAAAAAGCGGCCAUACCAUCGGCAAAUAGGUGCGCAAUCCUCGGUCGAUCACGACAGUAAUAGUGGUGGAUCAACAAGAACUUCGCCUGGGCCAAAAGACAGUCGUAUGUUGCAAGCUGCUAGUCGGAGCCAGAGUUUAUUCGAGCUUAGUGGAUCAAAACAUUUCAUGGGCAGCUUGACUAGUGGUCAGCCAUUGCUUCGUCCGAUUCAGGCACAUAAUGAUCCUAACUACACACCGGAGUGUAUAUACUGCAAACUCACGUUUCCCAAUGAAGCUGGUCUCCAAGCUCACGAAGUUGUUUGCGGAAAGAAAAAAGAGCUAGAAAAAGCACAAAUAGCACAAGAAGGAAACCCGCAUAGUGCUCUGAAGCGUCGUCACACUCAUCAAGAUGCAACGUUAGCAAUGCAUUCUCCACUUGCAGCCCACACACCGUCGAACAUGCCUGGUCCUUCAGAGCCUGCAAUAAAGUUGAAAAAAGAUGACUCUACUGAACUAGACGGUACAUCAAAACCUGACGCUCUUCAAUCCUCCUCAUCAUUUCCUAGAAGUUUACCAAAGGAGUGGGAACAACAUAUGUUAACGCUUCAAAAUCUUGCCGCCAUCAUUCCGCCAUUUGUUCAAGCAUUUCUUGCCAAAGUAUUACAAACUAAACUGACAAUGGUUUCUUCUGGAACAUUGACACAUAUUUAUGAAAACUACAACAUAUCACCGAUUUGUGUUAAACAAUUUCUUCACUUCGCAUCGCAACUGACCGAUCAACAACUCGAAGAAAUGACAGUUGAAAGUGAGAAACAGUAUUUGGAGAAUGCAGAAGAAUAUCAAGCAAAAGGAAUUAUCCAAGCCCUCCCGUGUGAUAAUUUGGAAGUUACUGAAAUGUUAAAGCAGCAAGAAACCAUCAUGAAAGGCCAAGUCCCAGAUCUUCUCGUCUCUACUCAAGCUGUUUUACAUCACUGCAGUGGAAAGCGAGACAAUAAAGAUCCUUCUAAAAACUUUGUCAUGAUCAAACUUCUUCAUGCUAACGGAAAGGACAUUACUGAAAUCCCAAUGAAAGCAGAAACUGAUCUCGAUGAAUGCAAUGCACGAUUUGUAUAUCAGAUGAGAGAAUUCCAAAAAAUUAACAAUAUGAAUGAUAGGUUAAUCGAGGUUCUUAAAACUGAUCCUGCGGCAGCUGCAACACCGCUGUUCCAAGUGGCCAGGGAACAAUCAGCAAGUGUGAAAUUUCUCAUUCGACAAACUGGUAUGGUUCAUUUAACAAUUGUUGCCAGUGUUGCAAAAAGACUGGGAAUGAGCAGUAUGCAACAGGAUGUUCCGGAGUCCAAUCAAAUACCAAACGGAAUAAUUGCAUUUGAUGGAGUUCAAAUCAAACAAGAGCCCGAAGAUCCACCAGGAGACGAUGAUGACGACGAUGAUGAUUGUAUUAUUGAAGUUGUGGAUGAAGAUCAAAAACAGCAUAUUGCAAUGCUCACAGCAGCUGCCAGCGGGCAGGAUAUUGGAAUUGGUGGCCAGUUUCAGAAAGUGACACAAAACCUUGAACCUGCCAUUGUGAAUCAACAAUCAAUUGUCAACCAUGGUGAUUCAAUUGUCAACAACGCCUCAAUUCCAAUUGCAAACAAUGCUCCAGUGCAAAUCGUCCAGAAUGGAGGACCUAUGCAGCAUGAAGUUGUUGCAAUGCCAGUACAACUAAAGCUAGAAGAUCUUCGUUUAGAGCCGCAGACCAGUGGGGAUACUGAUAAACCAUACUGGCUGGUAAUCAAUGGUGACAUUGGAGGGCGUCCUUCAUUCAUGACAACAGCUGGAAUGACUUCAAGAACUCAUCGUACUCGUAAUAUCACAUCAGAGACCUACGUAACGGUACCACGUCAACAACCAAUGUUUGCAGUACAAGAUGGAACUUUAUCGAUGUAUGCGAAAUGGAACGUUCCGGUGCAUAAUGAUGCGGAGACAAAAAUGAAUUUGUCGUUUAUGGGAAUGGUAUCGUUGAGACGAAGAACGGGUCAACAGAAAUUUUUCAAAUACACAACGGCCAACAAGGAUCAGGGACAUUAUCGAAUGACACAUUCUUCGUUUUGGGAUAUAAGUACAAAAAUUCGUGAUCGCCAGGCUUCAAUGAGCGAGGAAAAAACACCAGAAGAAAGUGUGGACUAUGAUGCUCAAUUCAUUGAGCGACUUGUGGGAGGAACUUAUACCAACACAGAUUUACAAGGACCAUCAAAUGCCCCGGUAACCAUCCCGGUGCUAGUUGCGCCGGAGGACUCAACGUCUGCUGAGCCAAGCACAUCGGGUCAAUCACUCCUGAUGAGAUCUCCGCGACCUCAAUCUCCACCUCUCCGUGAUAUAAAAAUGGAUCUUAGUGAUGAUGAUUACUCUGCAACCGAUCUCGCGACUACUUGCAAACUUGAACCAAAGCAGGAAUCCUUUGAAGAUGUUAAAGACGUGAAACGUGAAAACAGUCCCGACGCAAGACCAACAGUUAUUAUCAGCGAUGAUGCUGGUCGUAUCAGAAGAGAACGAUUUGCUAAUAAGUAUAUCAGUAGAAUUCGCCCAAAACACGAUCAAAUAAUUGGCGGCCAUCGCACAGAUGAGGUAUACGUGUAUGUGCGUGGUCGUGGGCGUGGAAGAUAUAUUUGUGAUCGCUGCGGAAUUCGGUGCAAAAAACCUAGUAUGCUGAAAAAGCAUAUCAAAUCGCACACGGAUGUUCGCGCUUUUAACUGCACUGCGUGUAACUUCUCGUUCAAAACUAAAGGCAACCUCACAAAGCAUUUGAGCUCCAAAACACACCAACGUCGUAUUUCUAAUAUCCAAGCAGGAAAUGAUAGCGAUGGAACGACACCAUCGACAAGUAGUAUGAUGAAUAUGGAUGAUGGAUACCAUAGAAAUCAACCAUUGUUUGAUGACUAUGACAACAACUCAUCAGACGAGGAAGAUUACGAUCAUUUGAAUAGAAUGCAAGCAGAACACAAAUUCAAGUUUGGUCAGGAGCACAUUCUUUUUGAACGUACAGCUCACACUCCUCCGACUCGUUGGUGUCUUGUUGAAGCUCAAAACGAUCACUAUUGGCCUUCGCCGGAUCGUCGAUCAUGCAUGUCCGCUCCACCUGUGGCAAUGCAACGUGACUUUGAUGACCGAGCAAUGACUCCCGUGUCUGGCGCCAACUCUCCGUAUCUGUCGCAACAAGUUCAUUCUCCAAUGUCAACUUCUUCUCAGUCCAAUAUAAUUCUAGACAUUCCUAACAAUCAGAAAUCAAACUGUUCGUCAGUUUCUAACGUUUCUCCUUCCAACUCUCAGAACUUUCAAAGUUUGUCUACUGUUCCAACUUGUGCAUCUUCGUCGAGCAAUGUAUUGGUCCCCAAUGUAAACUUUCUACAAAAAGACGAAACAUUGAAAUGUGACCAAUGCGACCGUACAUUUCGAAAAAUCUCCGACUUGACACUUCAUCAGCACACACAUAACAUUGAAAUGCAACAGAGCAAGAACAGAAUGUAUCAGUGUUCAGAAUGUAAAAUUCCAAUUCGAACCAAGGCACAGUUGCAGAAGCAUCUCGAACGGAAUCACGGGGUUCAUAUGGAUGAGUCUGUGACAGCAUGCAUCGAUCCUCUGGCGUCUACACAAUCUGUUCUAGGCGGACCAUCCACCAGCAAUCCACGUUCUUUUAUGUGCGUUGACUGUGACAUUGGGUUUCGCAAGCAUGGGAUCUUAGCCAAGCACUUGAGAUCUAAAACACACGUGAUGAAGCUGGAAUCUUUACAACGGUUGCCGGUGGACACAUUGUCCUUGAUAACCAAAAAAGAUAAUGGUGCUUGCCUCAAUGAUAUCGAUACCACGGAUUGUGAGAAGGCUCGAAUAUCUCUUCUAGCUAUUGUCGAGAAGCUCCGCAACGAGGCAGAUAAAGACGAGCAGGGCAGUGUUGUUCCCACUACCUCUAUCCCUGCUCCUCAGCCCGUUGCCUUGACGCCGGAGAUGAUUCGAGCAUUGGCAAACGCCCAGACACCUGUGACCGCAUCAAUGACCAAUACACCGUCGACGGCGCAGUUUCCAGUGGGCGUGGUUUCGACCCCUUCGGUGAGUGCUGUGUCGGCCUCGGGCAGCCAAAGUAACGUGUCUUGCGUUAGCAGCUUCAACAACUCCACUAUGUCGCCCAAUCCAACUGUGGUUCCACAGGUGUUUCCAACACCAAAUCCGUCAUCCCCAUUGGAAUCGUCCUCAAUGCAGUUCAGAAAGAAAGCAGUUUUGGACUCGGCAACACACGCGAACGACAUGCCCAGAACAAUUCUACGAAUCUCGGAGAUUCCGUCCAGUCUACCAGUCAAUCAUCAACUUCAUCGUGAUUUGUCUUUCCUUGCUCAUACAACAAGUCGUUCUGAAUCAUCAAUUACAUCGCCUAUCGUUUCAUCUUCUACAAACUUUAGUUAUCGUAAACGUUCCGAGUCUUCUUUAAGCGGUUCUAGCCCUACUCAUACAAAAAAAUUGAUGGUCUGGAAUCCACCACUCGCUGAGCCAUCUUUCUACUCACCAAAAGCAGCUUUGCAUCCAUUGUCAACUGAUAAGGCACACGCAUCGGAAUCCUUGUCGGACCGUCUACACAACAAGCGACCAAGACCAAUCCCCGACAACACUAAGUGCCAAAUUUGUGCGGAUGAAUUUUCAACUCCGAUUGAACUUCAGGUUCACUUGCACGUUGACCAUGUUCGAAUGAUGGAUGGUGCCGAGUACAAGUGUCCACGAAAGUUCUGCGGUCUAAACUACGAGUCCCUCGACAGCCUGAGAGCUCACGUGACAGCACACUAUGAAACUGACAGGCAAAAGCUGCUUGAGGAGAAGGUGUUGCUCGCAGAAGCAGAUUUUCCAAUCGACAAUUCCAAAAUUGAAAAAUUGAACUCACCAAAAAAGGAGUCCAUGAAUAAGUUCACAACUCCUUUCAAGGCUAUUUCUGAUCAUCAUGAACUAUACGCCCAGACGCAGCAAGGAGCUGGGUCAUCAACAUCGAACCAAUCACCGAAGGCUGCGAACUAGUGUUUUCAUUAUAUUUUUCCAAUAUUUCCUGUAUCUUAUCCGUCACUGUUCAUUAGAAAAAUGUCAGGUCACCUAGAACAUUCCACGACUAUUCGCUCUUUCUGGUCCAUCAUUUUUUUUGUUAUUUUUCCGAUACUUGUCUUGAUUUUUCUUCUUUCAAAUAUGUUUUAAUAAUUCAUCAAUUUGUGAUUUUACACAUCGGCUAUCAAGAAUUGUAUUAUCAUCACCAGUUUUUGAGCUAGCCGACGUCAGAUUCUAGUUUUAUCUGCCGGGUUUCACGUUUCCCAUUGAUCUUCCAAAAGGCCUGAAAGCCGCUCACACUCAUUAGUAUAAAAAAUAUGAGAUAUUCUAUUUGUGAUUGUAUAUGUAUUUUCCUUAAUUAUAUGUUUUUGUUUUAAAUGCUCUGAUUUAUCAUCAUUCUCUUUUUUUGUAAAUACUUUUCCUUUCCAUCAGUCCAUUUCCAGUCAACAUGCAAUCAUUUCUUGUGUCAGUAUGCUCUCUAGUUUUGAUUUAUAUUUUUGGAAAUACAAACACUAUGUUUUUGUUUCGAAUCCCAUAAUUUAUCGAUAAACAAUCAACGGCAUAAU